AUGAUGGAAGCCCAAGGGCCCAUCUGUGCCCACUUUCUGGAGAAUUGUGGCAUCAAGUACGCCCAGUACACACCACUUGAAGAAUGCCGAACAACCUGCCUUGUCUACCAACUCCCACCAGGCCAUGGGCUGACCGAGGAUGAGACAAAGCAACUGACCUGCGAGGAGGUCGCCAGGAGAGGUGCAAACGACAUCCUCAAGGCCGAGAACAAUUUCCUGCUGGCGGCCGACAAGCCCAACCCCCAAGCCCUCCUCUUCCAGGCCCUCAGCACACUUUCGCAGACCUUAAAGGAGACCACCGACGCCCUCGCGGCCAAGGUGGAUGCCCUCGCGGCCAAGGUGGAGGCCGUUCAGGCCGACACGGCCACCCUCAAGGCCGACACCGCCACCAUCAAGGCCGACACCGCCACCAUCAAGGCCGACACGGCCAUCCUAAAGGCCAAGGUGGGCGCCCUCGAACUGCGUAUUCGGGCUGGGAUGGAUUGA